CAGCCGAAGGAGCGAACGAACAACGGAAAAAAAAUUGUUCGGUACGAACUUAAGAAAUCAAAACAAACCAAAUGUCAAUGUAUGGAUUUUUUUUUCUGUUCGCUUGUGUCGAUUGCUUUUUUUCAGUUCUUCUUCAGUGUUAAUGUUUGCGUAGCCCAUUUGCAUAUACUUGCUGCUAUUUUCUGUUUGUUUGAGAAGAAGCGACAAAAAAGGAACAUUAAUAAGAGAAAAUUAAUAAAGAUUUUUUUUUGUUUCGUAUGGUUUAAAGAGACAGAGGCGUGCGCGACACACGAAAUUCCAUCGCUGGCUUUGGAUUCGACUAAACUGCGUCGCAAUAGAAAAACGCACCAUUCCAACGUGAUACUGAAUGAACAUAGGACGAAUUUUUGCUUAGUUUUGGUGCUAAAGAAUUGAUUCGACGUGAACGGAGUUUUGUUGACUGGAAUUUUGACGUGUUUGGCAGUAAAACCCAAAUCCAGUGUGUUCGGAAGUGUGUGGAAAUAAAAGUGUUUGUACUGCGAGUUUUAAACGGCAAAUUGAAAUGUCGAUACCGCAAAUAUUGCUAACAGCUGCAGGUUCGGCACCAACUCCUGUCAUAUCGCCGAAUUCCAGGAGAUUACAGCCACCCGAUCCGAUGGCAACGGCCAAAGAGAAUAUACGCGAACGACUCAAUAUGCACGUGAAAAAACGCAUUCAACAAGAGAUUUACCCAAUAUCACCGCCAACUUCAACACAUCACUAUCCAGACCAUUAUCUUGACAGAGGUGUGGCAUCGUCACUCAAACCAACCUAUCCAUUUUUAAUGUCAGGUGCAUCAAGUCAAGUGUCACCAGUGGUGGUAUUUGCAAAUUCCUGCAUUUCCGUUGCGUCUGAUUACACUCAAAAUUCCGGUCGAACGAUACCAAUUCCGCAGAUUGAGCGUCAAUCGUCGAAAAGCAAGCAACAGCCCAAGAAAGUGACGAAGAAAAAGAAGGCUGGUGGCAAUAAGAAGAAGACAAAACAAGUGGAUGCAAAUCAAUACGCCGAGAAUUUGAUGAUGAACACGAAAUUCUCCGAUGACAGCAACGAUUUUCAUGACCGAAAUGACAGUUCAAUGAACGGCUGUCCAUCACCCCAAACCAAUGGAGAUUCUCCACCGAUUCCAUCCGAUAAAAAUGACCAGAAACUCGCUAACACACCCGACAUCCUAUCGAUGGUGCUGAGUCUCAAGAAAAACGCACUCAUGCACGAUCCAUAUGUCAUUCAGUUUCUGUCCGCAAUUCGGUAGCAUUCAACCAUCUACGAUGACUUCCACUCAUCAUGAAAUGCUCUCACUUUAUUUGAUUGUCCAAUGACAACUUACGUGUUUGGUCCACUACCUUUGUAUUAAUGCAAUUUAUCUUUUGUUCUAAGAAUCCAAAGCAAUAUGAAGAAGACAUCACUUGUUUAUGAAACUCUAUUGCAUUUAUUUUUAGGUUAUAUUUGUGUAAAAUUAUAUGUACAAGCAAAUCAAAUACAUUGAAGAGCUAUACUAACAAA